UCUCACCCGUCCAGAACGGAACAGAACGGAACGCCAAGAACGCGAAGAACAGCGCUCGCCACACGGCCAGUCAAGUGUGGAAGAUACGCGUCAUCAUCACCAGCAUCUCGUUCCACGUGCUUCUGUCCAUUUCGGCGAGUCCCUCCAGCGCACGUGCAACCGGUGCCGAGCGUCCACUCUGACUCACGCCGCCGCUUUCAUCUGCAAUAAUUCGCCCGGAUCGGCUGGCGUUGUAACGCUGUAAUCAUUGCGCAAGCGUCCUGCAUGACACCGUCUCUUACAGCUGUUAUGCUUAUGCAAGCGGCGUUACUGCUUCGAAUUGAGCGCUACUGCCGGAUCUCGAUAUUAUUUUAAUUGACAACCGCUUUCAUAAUGUUAUUCUGCUGCAUUCAACGCCGGCUGUUGUUGCUUUGAGACGCCGGAGAUGUCCUGAACCGAACAACAAUCGCUGUUUUUCCCUCGGACGUUCAACUGGAAUCUCUUGCUCUUCUGCCACCAAAACAUCGCUUGGAUGUGACUGCACCCACCACAGGGCGCCAUAGCGACACACCGACAGGUGAUUGAACAUACGUUCGGUUCGGCCUUGUGAUCGGUUAACGCGUCGGCGGGAAACGAACGCGCAGCGUAGCGGAAGUGAGCGGAAAUGGGCGCCGUGUCGCCGCUGCAGCUGCCCGCGCAGUCGCCGGCCCUCCUGACCCUCUCCCUACUCCUCCUGCUCCCUUCCCUGCAGGCCGGCGAAGCUGAGCUCUCCAGUCUCGACAACGAUGUCGCCGCCUCCGCCAUCCGCCUCACCAGGAGAAACGACCGCGUAGCAGAGAACACGGUAGGGAGCUGCUUCCCCGACGAGUCGUGCGUGUUCAGUUGGGUGUGCGACCGGAUAGGGAAGCCGGUGCGCUUCUGUUCCGGGCCCUUCUUCUACUUCACCGUCUGCUGCAAGAGUAAGGCCGGCGACGACGACGGAGUGGCGCUCAGCUUGACCGUCGAAUCGGGGCCAACGACACCGGCAACAACCAGCACGACGACGACGACAACGACGACGACGACCACCGCCAGCACGGCGGUCAGCAUUCCGAAUCAGCCGACACUGCCGCCGCUGCGAGCACCGCCUCGAAGCUGCGGACAGGCGCCACUGAUCACCCGGGGUGCCCGCAUCGUCGGCGGCGUGUCGGCACAAUUUGCGGAGUUCCCGUUUUCGGUGAUGGUGGUGAUUAAAGGACAGGAGCGGUGCGGGGGCGCCCUGCUGGACCACCAGUGGGUGGUCACCGCCGGACACUGCGUGGCGCCGGCCUCGGUGACCUCCAACGACAUCAUCGUGCGGCUGGGCGUGUGGGACCGCACGCGGACCAACGACAUCCUGCCGGUGGAGGAGCGCCGGCUGAUCAAGUUCAUCCUCCAUCCGCUGUACAACUCGCAGCGCAGCUUCUCCCACGACGUGGCCCUCCUCAAGCUGGACUUCCCCGUGGAGUACGCGCCGCACAUCCAGCCGGUGUGUCUGCCGCGGCCGGGCGACGACUUCACCGGCAUCCUGGGCACCAUCACCGGCUGGGGCCGGCUGGAGUUCCGCGAGGACCGCCCGGCCAUUCUGCAGCACGUGGAGGUGCCGGUGAUGACCAACCAGCAGUGCGAGGACAUGUUCACGGCGCAGCACACGCCCGAGAAGAUCAUCCCGCAGAUGAUGUGUGCCGGCUACGACAACGGCCGCAAGGACGCCUGCCAGGGCGAUUCCGGUGGACCGUUGAGCAUCUUCCGCGACGGAGCGUAUACGUUAAUUGGAUUGGUCAGCUGGGGUUAUGGUUGCGCUCUUCCAGGUUACCCCGGGGUUUACACACGGAUAUCGAUGUUUACGGGCUGGUUAAUUGAGACGAUGCGGAGGGAAUCCAGUUAAUAAAAAGCCCCUCUUGAUGCCGACCAGUACCGCAGCAGGGACCGACCCAGCCGCCUUCCGCUUCUAGCCGGAAACCAGCCGCUCCCCCGCCUGCACCUUCCGUUCCUACGUUUCUCUCUGCAUUGAUGUGCUUUUCCCAAUGACUGUGUUUUCUACAAAAUAAAUCUACUUUGGCAAAAUUUAUGAACUACCUACAGAGUACAAUACAUGUAUUCGGUGCGUGCGCUGCGCGGACGCUUUGUAAUUCCCUCUGCUCAAAAACGUUUUUAUUCCACCUAUUAGCCCCAACAUUCAAGUUCCAGUUCAGCUUAAAUAUGUUUACGAAGUUGAUUUUCUUACUGAGGUACUAAAUUUUGUUGGAUUAUUAUUGACAUAUUUAAAUCAGAUUAUGUAUGACAACAACA